CCUACCAUGAUUUUUCCAACGACCGGUUCGCCAAGAAGGAUCAAUCAUGAUGACGAUCAAAGCACUCCUGGUGUGCCCACUGCUCAGUACACUAAUUACAUUCACUUGCGGGGCAGAGCAGUCUGCAAGAAUAGUCUGUUAUUUCAGUAAUUGGGCGAUCUACCGACCCGGACUUGGUAGUUAUGGAAUUAAAGAUGUUCGUGGAGAUCUCUGCACCCACGUUAUCUACUCCUUCAUUGGUGUGAGCAAUGUCACAUGGGAAUACCUCGUGCUGGAUCCUGAAGUGGAUGUGGAGAGCGGUGGAUUCAAGGAGUUCGUCAAUUUAAAAAAUAAAUUUCCCGAAUUGAAGACUGAAGUGGCUGUUGGGGGAUGGGGAGAGGGUGGACGAAAAUACAGUGCACUUGUUGGAAGUAAACCGAGGCGGGAUACGUUCAUAAAGAGUAUCGUUGCUUUUAUGCACGAAUAUGGAUUCGAUGGAUUUGAUCUCGAUUGGGAGUAUCCUGGUGCAACAGACAGGGGUGGUAAAUACUCAGACAGAAACAAUUUCUUCUAUUUUGUGGAAGAAUUGCGACGUGCCUUUGACAGGGAGCAGAAGGGCUGGGAAAUUACCAUGGCUGUACCAAUGGCGAAAUUUCGACUUAAUGAAGGCUACCAUGUGCCAGAGCUCUGCCAGAAUGUUGAUGCUAUUCAUGUAAUGGCGUAUGAUUUAAGAGGCAAUUGGGCUGGAUUUGCCGAUGUGCACAGUCCUCUUUAUAGACGGCCACAUGAUCAAUAUGCAUAUGAAGCCCUCAACGUCAAUGAUGGAUUAAGUCUUUGGGAAGAUUUCGGGUGUCCGUCGAACAAACUUGUGGUGGGUGUUCCAUUUUACGGACGUACAUUCACCCUCAGUGCUAGUAAUAAUAAUUACAAUCUCGGCACUUACAUAAACAAAGAGGCGGGCGGUGGUGCGCCCGGAGAAUUUACAGGCGCUAAAGGAUUUCUCGCUUACUACGAAAUUUGCGCUGCUAUCAAUGAUCCUGAUGGUGGAUGGACCAAGAAAUAUGAUAACGUUGGAAAAGUUCCGUACGCCUACAAAGGAACACAAUGGGUGGGAUAUGAAGAUCCAGACAGUCUUCAAAUAAAAAUGGAUUGGAUAAAAUCAAAAGGGUACGCCGGGGCGAUGAGUUGGGCCAUUGAUAUGGACGAUUUCAACGGAAUUUGUGGAGAAAAGGACAUUCUCACGAAAAUUCUUCACAAGAACAUGAAGGGUUACAGGGUACCAGAGCCAAAGCCCAAUACUAAGCCCAGACCCGAGUGGGACAGACCUCCAAGUACGACUUCAAGUCCUUCGGAUAGCAAACCAACACCACCGAAGAGACAAACCGAAGAGACAACUAGACCGGCCUAUAAACCAAAACCUAAACCAACUCGACCAUCUAGACCCACAAAUUCACCUGUAACUCCUGAUAUUGACGAUGGUGACAAUGAAAUUCAAUGCAGUGGUCAGGACUUCAUGGCUGGAAGAGAUUGUGACUCGUAUUACCGCUGUGUUUACGGAAAACCCUUGAAAUUCCAAUGCGCUUCUGGCCUGAUCUUCAACCCUGACAAAUUCGUCUGUGACUGGCCAGCGAACGUUGAGCGCAACGAGUGCCAUCAAUCACGUUAUUUCUAAUUAAUACUGAAUUAAACUAAUGAUAUAAUAAGUUCUAGCCUGUCAUUCGACUGAUAAGAAAAUAAAAUGAAAUACCACGAAAUAAAACUAAACUGUUUGAUUUUUA